ACCGUCACCUUUCUGCUCGCCUUCUCUGUUUCCUUUAUGUGUAAAUACAAUGAUGGUAGCCGUGUGACCUGGCUUGAAGUGGUCCAGGAGAGAAUAAAAGUCUUUCAGAUUGCCCACACCAGUGUGUGUGUCACUCCAUGUUAACUCCACGCAUCGCGGUUACCCCGUAGCACCUGUUCCUCACUCCAGUAAGAAUGCAGGUGUGUGUUUAUCUGCUCCUUGUGCUCCACGCUGCUGAUGGCUGCAUGUUGGUAGGGAUUCUGAGGACAGACGUCAUCACUGCAUACACAGGAGACUCAGUACUGCUGCCCUGCUCCUGUACUGACCCACACGCCAAACCUGAGAGUUUCACCUGGCAGAAAUACAACACAAGAAAACAAACAUGGGACAUGAUCACCAAUAAGAGUGAACAGUAUAGAAACAGAGUUCAGCUGGGUACUGCUCAUUCUCCAGGAAAGCUCUCUCUACUCAUAUCACACCUGACUGAAGAGGAUGAGGGAGAAUACUGGUGUUAUCUUAACCAGUGGAACUAUAAAGCCAUCAGACUCACCAUUAAAGGCUGUAUACUGGAACAUCACAGGAUCUCCGAAAUCACUGCAUACACAGGAGGCUCAGUACUGCUGCCUUGUUCCUGCACUGACCUACACACCAAACCUGAGAAUUUCACCUGGAGGAAACGCAACACAAACAGAAAUACAUGGGACGUGAUCAUCAGUGAGAGUGAACAGUACAGAAACAGAGUUCAGCUGGGUACUGCUCACUCUCCAGGAAAGCUCUCUCUACUCAUAUCACACCUGACUGAAGAGGAUGAGGGAGACUACAGGUGUUAUCUUAACCAGUGGAACUAUAAAGCCAUCAGACUCACCAUUAAAGGUUGUGUACUGGAACACAACAGGGAGCUAAAACUCAUCACUGCACACACAGGAGACUCAGUACUGCUACCCUGCAGCUGCAUCGAACUACACAACGAACCUGAGAGUUUCACCUGGAAGAAAUACAACCCAAACAGAAACACAUGGGAUGUGAUCUCCAGUGAGAGUGAACAGUACAGAAACAGAGUUCAGCUGAAUACUGCUCACUCUCCAGGAAAUCUCUCUCUACUCAUAUCACACCUGACUGAAGAGGAUGAGGGAGACUACAGGUGUCAAACUAAAGGGAAUAAACACAAAGACAUCAAACUUUAUGUUUCAGUCUGUAAGGAUGUUGUGAAGCCUCCCACAGUGCUGAGUGGAUACGUGGGAGGGUCUGUCCUGCUGCCCUGUUACUGCACCGAACUGCUGGCCGAGCCAAAAACCGUCAGAUGGAGCUUUAUAAAUGAAUCUGAUGUCAUCUACCCAAUUGACCAGACAAACCGUUACACUGAUAGAAUUCAGCUAGUUCCUGCUCCAAGAAAUUUCUCUCUAUUCAUAUCUGGUCUGACUAAAGAGGACUGGGGACAGUACAGGUGUAGCAUCAGCAGUUAUCAUCUUAUAGAUGUGCAACUUCAAGUAACAGUCUCUCCUCAGACUCUGCCCUACAUCCCCUUUGCUUUGGUCACUGUGAUCUUCCUCCACAUUAUCGUGGCUGUGGUUUAUUACACCAAGAGAAACAAAGUGUCAGAAAUGAGCAGAGUUCACUAUAACACUGCUGGUGGAGAUGGAACAGCUAGUCUGCAGUAGAGAAGAAAACCAAGAGAAAUCAACAGACCAGCUACAGACCUACACACCUGUUUAACAGACCUGCCACACACAUCUGAUCAGCUGUACCCACUGACCUGAACAAGUCUGUGUGUUAGAGAUUUAUCAGAAUGUCUUCAUUUGAAUACAGUUCCUCUCCACUGUAAGUGUAGCUGUCAGAUUAUUCACUAGACUGUAGUUUUGAAGAGUGUGUACGGUGUGUAGCAGCAGUCCUGCUGUGUGUGUGUGUGUGUGUGUGUAACUCAGUAAGAAUGCAGGUGUGUGUUUAUCUGCUCCUUGUGCUCCACGCUGCUGAUGGUGAGUGUUACCUUCUCUCUACAGAUGUUGUCAUCCUCAUACAUUCAUUUACACAAAGUUAUUUAUAUCUGGGAUCAGCAGAGAGCAGCAGCACCCAGCCAUCAAAAAUCACAACACCUAAAAUACAUGAUUGGUGUUUAACUCAUUUUUUUAUGACAGUACGGUGUGGUCACAUAUUCUUACAACAGCCGUCAGAAAUGGUGAUCUGUGUGUUGCAGGCUCUACAGUAACAAAAUUCGGUGCUCACAGAUUUUGGUGUACCACUGACAUUUAACCAUCUGAAGGCUCAGAGCAAUGUCUGUUCUGCUUAUUUUCUUAAAUUCACCUUAAAGGUACUUACAUGUUUGAUAUCACUGUGUUCAGAACAAUCUCAGCUAUCUUCCUAUUGAGGUAGAAUGUGACAUAGAUCACUGUAUAAAGCAAGGUAUGGAAUAUGGAAAUUUUUCAUCUCAUGUGAAAAAGUACCUUUACUCAUGUGGACCUGUUUUGGUGAUUGAAAUAAGUUUACCAAAGUAGUGAAAUACAUGAAUAAAGUAAUAUUGAAAAGUCUAAUAAAUGUCUAAAAUCACAUUGUGUACAUUUAUUGAGUAAAAGCAUGGUCUGUUAGCAACAUUAGCAGCUUUUGUUCUAAAUUAAAGGAGCAAAAUGUGCUCCUUUAGUUUACUCCAACCAUGUCUUGUCCACCUGGGUUAAGGGAAAAUAAAGUAAAUAUGAUUCUUCGCUAACCUGUCCCAUUAAGUGGCACUGAAAUAAUGUGCAGUAGUUCGGUCCGAUAGAGAUGAACCAGUGCUAAUUACUUGCUAAUUGCUAAUUAGAUACUAGCAUAAAGUAGGACUUGUAGAGGCAGGACUAAGAUUGAAAAAAUAUAGAACCAGAGAACUUGUGGGGGUUUUGUUUGUUUGUUUUUGGUACACUUGAGAAAAGAGGCUAACUGCUAAAUCAACAUGUUAAAUGCUGUAAAUGUCAAUUUAAAUAUUGUUAAUCUAGAACUAAAUUCUGACUCCUACAAGCAUCAUUUUGCUCUAUGAGUCUGUAAAAAAUGUAUUGCGUUUUAUUAUUACAUUAUGGUAUUUUUCUCAAGGAAUAGUUUUUCUGCAUUGUAUGUGUAUAUCUCUAUUGAAGGAUUUUUUGAUAUUUGACCUUUAAAUAGCAGCAUAUGUUUUCUGUUAUUAAUCAUGCCUUUUAAAGUCAAAUGCCGUCCGUUGUCUGUACGCAUCACUUCCACUGUGAGAGUCUAUUGCUGUUUGAUAAAUAAAGAGCAGGACAGAGAGUUGUGUUUUCUGUUUACACCCACUAAUAAACAAGUACAUCAUGAA